GGAAAAUGAGACUUACCUUAGCGGGAAUAUGAGUUUAUUUGAAAUCUUUUUCUUUGUUUUUUUUUUUUUUUUUGGUAAAAUUAGGAAAUGAUGAAGCGGUACAUGUAGAAUAGCAUUUUUUUUGUCAGUUUUGAUUGGAUUACUUUAUGACUAUCUUAGAAAUAAUCUGCUCGUGUUUUUUCUUUUAAUCUGAUACUAAUAUGCUUUUCGGGUUUUCAAUAUGAAUGAAAAUGAAAUCUUUGUGUCUUUGAAUAAAAUAAGAUUAUAGUUCUUUUAUAUGGAAUAUGUGAUGAUGUUCCAAUGUGAAUUAAAAGAAAAGAAUUAAUUACAGAAAAUUAAGCAAGCAUGCAUAGUGGCUUCAUACAUCUAUAAAUAGCAGCCAUUUUAUGUAGUUAACCAAACAAUUCCUAUCCCUUCUUAAUUAACUAAAUAAACUCUAGUGAUGGCAACACUCAACCAUAUUCGUAUUUUCUCCAUAAUGAUUCCAGUGUUAGUACUCUUCUGCUUCUUUCCAAAAGAAGCUGUGGCAGACGAAGGAACUGCUACUUUCUACACUCCUCCAUAUACCCCCUCUUCUUGUUAUGGGAAUUCAAAUGAAGGUGUGAUGAUAGCAGCAGCAAGUGAUGCAAUUUGGGACAACAGAGCUGCUUGUGGUAGAAAAUAUAGGGUCACAUGCUUGGGUGCAACCAACAACGGUGAUCCUCAUCCCUGCAAUGGUAACUCUGUUGCUGUAAAAAUUGUGGACUAUUGCCCCUCACCAGGUUGUCAGGGUACUAUUGAUUUAUCUCAAGAAGCUUUUGCAUCCAUCGCCAAUCCUGAUGCUGGAAAAAUUAAAAUAGCCUACAAACUUGUGUGAAGUGACAUGCAGAAGGAUCUAACAUUGGGUGGAAAUAAAACUUGUUGAUGUUGUAAUUUGCCAACUUGGUGCAAAUGAAGUAUAAAUUGAAUAAGAUGUUUUCAUAUUUAAAUAUUAUGAAUAAAGAUGGGUAACUCUUAAUCAUUUGCUCCUCUUUAUGAAAAAAAACCUCACUUGAUUUCUUCUUUUGCCUUUGCUUGGAUAAGAGUGUUACAAGGCAAGUAACCAUCAUAUAUAUAUAAUAUACAACUCUGAAAAAGGAAAAGAAAAAAAUAAACAAACAAACAUCAUCAUAUAAUAUCUCAAUCAAUAUUUUAUCCAAGUGGGAACAUAGAAAGGAGAAAAAAGAAAAAGAAAGAAACACUAUCAUAUAAUAAACACUAUCUGGAUCAAUAUUUUACCCAAGUGGAAUAUAGAAAAGGAAAAAAAGAAAAGAAACACUGUUAAUAAAUCGACAAGGUUCCACCCAAGUGGAGCAUCAAUAGUAUUUUUUUUCUUUCAUUUUUCUCAUUAGUAAUUGUAUUUCUUCACUUAGAUUAUCAUUUCGAGGGUUACUAAUUCUUAGGUAAUUGAGAGGUAGAUAUGUAUCAUAUAUUGUCUCCAAAUGCUUAGUUAUGUAUAAUACUACUUUCAACGCAGGAGCAUGAUUAUUGGGUUUGAGACACAAUUAUGUACCAAACUUAAUUAAUAUCUGCCAAUACAAUCAAAUU